ACCACCCCCAGCUAACCUGGCUGAUGCCCACCAGGACUCUCUCCCCGGCACCGCCUGGAGCCCAUGGAUACCAUCUUUGUGAAGAAUGUGAAGGAGGGGGGCCCUGCCCACAGGGCAGGGCUUCGCACAGGAGACCGGCUGGUGAAGGUGAAUGGAGAGAGCGUCAUUGGGAAGACAUACUCCCAGGUCAUAGGUCUGAUCCAGAACAGCGAUGACACCCUGGAGCUCUCCAUCAUGCCCAAGGACGAGGACAUCCUACAGCUGGCCUACUCCCAGGAUGCCUACCUGAAGGGCAACGAGCCGUAUUCUGGAGAGGCCCGCAGCAUCCCAGAACCACCUCCACUCUGCUACCCACGGAAGACCUAUGCCCCGCCAACCCGGGUCCCUGCCUGGGCCACUAUGGUGCCUGAGCCCAUCUCAGCACUACCUACGGAUCCCCGGAGUCCUGCUGCCUGGAGUGACCCAGGGUCCCGUGUUCCAUCUGCCACCCGUGCCCACCUGGACAACUCUUCCCUGGGGAUGAGCCAGCCCCGCCCAAGCCCUGGUGCCUUUCCCCACCUCCCUUCAGAGUCCCGGACGCCCCGUGCCUUCCUAGAGUCUGGCAGCCGGGUGCUUCCCAGCAGACUGGAGUGCCAGCAGGCUCUGUCACACUGGCUGUCAAAUCAGAUACCCCGCAGGGCGGGGGAGAGACGGUGCCCAGCCAUGCCACCUCGGGCCCGCAGUGCCUCCCAGGACCGCUUGGAGGAUGUGACUACCCACCACCCAUGGCCCUGCUCCACCUCCCAGGAUGCCUUGAGCCAGCUGGGCCAGGAGGGUUGGCACCGAGCUCGCUCAGACGAUUACCUGAGCCGGGCUACCCGCUCUGCUGAAGCACUGGGGCCAGGGGCACUGGUGUCACCUCGCCUUGAACGCUGCGGUUGGGCUUCCCAGCGGCCAUCUGCCCGCACCUCUGCUUGCCCUUCUCGGGACUUGCCAGGGCCCCAGGCUCCUCCCGCAUCUGGCCUGCAGGGCCUGGAUGACAUCGGGUACAUUGGGUAUCGGAGCUAUAGCCCGUCAUUCCAGCGCCGGACUGGUCUCCUGCACGCCCUCUCCUUCCGGGACUCACCCUUCGGGGGACUUCCCACCUUCAGCUUGGCCCAGUCUCCUGCAUCAUUCCCACCAGAGGCCUCCGAACCACCUAGGGUCGCCCGGCCAGAUCCUAGCACCCGAGCCCUGGAGCCUCCCGCAGAGGAUCAUCGUGAUGAGGUGGUCCUGAGACAGAAACCUCCAACGGGUCGCAAGGUCCAGCUGACCCCAGCAAGGCAGGUGAACCUUGGAUUUGGUGACGAGUCCCUAGAACCAGAGGCCAGAGGGGAACGUCCAGGCAGGAAGGUGGCCCCUUUGGCCACUACAGAAGACUCCCUGGCUUCAAUUCCCUUCAUUGAUGAGCCCACCAGCCCCAGCAUUGACCUUCAAGCCAAGCAUGUCCCUGCCUCCGCCGUGGUCUCCAGUGCCAUGAACUCAGCCCCUGUCCUGGGAACUAGCCCAUCCUCACCCACCUUCACUUUUGCCCUCAGCCGCCAUUACUCCCAGGACUGCAGCAGCAUCAAGGCCGGCCGCCGCUCCUCCUACCUGUUGGCCAUCACCACAGAGCGCUCCAAGUCCUGUGAUGAUGGACUGAACACCUUCCGGGAUGAGGGCCGAGUGCUCCGGCGCCUUCCCAACCGUGUGCCGAGCCUACGGAUGCUGCGAAGCUUCUUCACCGACGGGUCUCUAGAUAGCUGGGGCACCUCUGAAGAUGCUGAAGCCCCCUCUAAACGACACUCAACCUCUGACCUCUCAGAUGCAACCUUCAGUGAUAUCAGGAGAGAAGGCUGGUUGUAUUAUAAGCAGAUCCUCACCAAGAAGGGGAAGAAAGCGGGCGGGGCCUGCGCCAGUGGGCGCGUCUAUGCCGUCCUUGGGCGCGCUCGCUCGUUGAGAAGGGCCAGGCGGGAGCCCGGGCCAGCGGCUGCAGGGGGCUGCGGCGCGGCGGCGCAGGUGGGACAGGCGGCGCCCGUCUGCAUCGGCUCCUGCCUGGUGGACAUCUCCUACAGCGAGACCAAGAGGAGGCACGUGUUCCGGCUGACCACCGCUGACUUCUGUGAAUAUCUCUUUCAGGCUGAGGAUCGGGAUGACAUGCUGGGCUGGAUCAGAGCGAUCCGGGAGAACAGCAGGGCCGAGGGCGAGGACCCCGGCUGUGCCAACCAAGCUCUGAUCAGCAAGAAGCUUAAUGAUUAUCGCAAAGUGAGCCAUAGCUCUGGGCCCAAAGCCGAUUCCUCCCCUAAAGGCUCUCGGGGCCUGGGAGGCCUCAAGUCUGAAUUCCUCAAGCAGACUGCAGUCCGCGGCCUCAGAACUCAGGACCAGCCCGCAGGAAGCAAGGAAGACAGUGUUGCAGCUCCCAAAACCCCCUGGGGUAUCAACAUUAUCAAGAAGAACAAGAAGGCCGCCCCAAGGGCAUUUGGGAUCCGCUUGGAGGAUUGCCAGCCUGCCACUGAGAACCAGCGCGUCCCCUUGAUCGUGGCUGCCUGCUGCCGUAUUGUGGAGGCACGGGGACUGGAAUCAACUGGCAUUUACCGGGUACCUGGCAACAAUGCAGUGGUGUCUAGCCUGCAGGAGCAGCUCAACCGUGGGCCCAGUGACAUCAACCUGCAGGAUGAGCGCUGGCAGGACCUCAACGUGAUCAGCAGCCUGCUUAAGGCUUUCUUCCGCAAGCUGCCAGAGCCUCUCUUCACUGACGACAAAUACAAUGACUUCAUCGAGGCCAAUCGCAUAGAAGAUUCCAGAGAGAGGAUGAAGACCCUGAGGAAGCUGAUCCGGGAUCUCCCAGGACACUACUAUGAAACACUUAAAUUCCUCGUGGGCCAUCUCAAGACCAUUGCUGACCACUCAGAGAAAAACAAGAUGGAGCCCCGGAACCUGGCUCUGGUCUUUGGGCCGACGUUGGUAAGGACAUCUGAAGACAACAUGACAGACAUGGUAACCCACAUGCCGGACCGCUACAAGAUCGUGGAGACACUAAUCCAGCAUUCUGACUGGUUCUUCAGUGAUGACGAGGACAAAGGAGAGAGAACCCCUGUUGAUGACAAGGAGCCACAAUCGGUGCCCAACAUCGAGUACCUCCUGCCCAACAUUGGCAGGACAGUGCCCCCCAGUGAUCCAGGCUCAGAUUCCACCACCUGCAGUUCAGCCAAGUCCAAGGGUUCGUGGGUCCCCAAGAAAGAGCCUUAUGCCCGGGAGAUGCUGGCGAUCUCCUUCAUCUCUGCGGUCAACCGCAAACGGAAGAAGCGGCGGGAGGCGCGGGGCCUGGGUAGCAGCACCGACGAUGACUCCGAGCAGGAGGCGCACAAGGCUGCGGUGGGGACUCAGGAGCCACCCGAGGGGCAGCUGCCAGGACCCGCAGCCGAGGAAGCUCCCGGUCGCCUCAGCCCCUCGACAGCACCGGACGAGCGGCCUGCGGCGGACACGCGCUCCAUCGUCUCGGGCUACUCCACCCUGUCCACCAUGGACCGUAGCGUGUGCUCGGGCACCGGCGGGCGGCGCGCAGGCGCGGGCGACGAGGCGGACGACGAACGCAGUGAGCUGAGCCACGUGGAGACGGACACGGAGGGUGGCGCUGGCCCCGGGGGGCGCCUGGCGCGCCGGCCGUCCUUCAGCUCACACCAUCUUAUGCCAUGCGACACUCUGGCGCGCCGUCGCCUGUCUCGCAGUCGCGCGGAUGCCGAGGGUCCGGGCACGGGUACGGCCCGGGCGGGUCCCCGCGGUCCAGAGCCGCUGGGCUCGGCGUCAUCCAGCAGCCAGGAGUCGCUGAGCCCCGGCGCCGCUCCGGUACUCGGCUCGCGACGCUGCGUGGAAGCCCUGCGGCUGCGGCUGCGUGGCACCGCCGGCGACAUGCUGGCCGUUCGGCGGCGCCCACUGUCGCCGAGACAGCGGCGGCGUCGCAGCUGGCGCCGCCACACGGUGGUGGUACAGAGCCCACUAACCGACCUCAACUUCAACGAGUGGAAGGAGCUGGGCGGAGGGGGACCUCCAGAGUCCUCUGGCGUGCGACCGCACAGCGACAAUAAGGACUCUGGCCUCAGCAGCCUGGAGUCCACCAAGGCACGGGCCUCUUCCGCCGCAUCACUGCCAUCGGGGGACCUAGGGGCCCUGCAGGGUCUGCCCGCACGCCGCUCAGCUGCCGCCCGCCUCCACCAGUGUCUGUGACACCCUCUCCGGUCCCGGGGCUGCAGGAGUC